ACUUGUUACCUCUCCAGAGCUCACAGUGCCCUUCCUCACCCCUGAUGUGUUACUGUUCUGCGUAAAGAAAAAGCGACAGAGUGUUUGGGCUCGCUUUGGAUUAUAGCUGAUAAAGCACAGUUACGGAAUUUGCUAGAGAAAAACAGGAGAAAAGGGGCGUGGAUGUGUCCUGAACCAGUUACGUGUAUGUGUGUGUGAGAAAGAGAAAGACAGUCUGUCCGUGUAUGUAUGAAUUUACCAGACCCAGUACAGUGAGAGUGUACGCGUGAGGGCACUCUUGGGGGCGGAGCUCCACAAAGGGGCAGAGUUUCCAGGAGGAAGCCAGACAAACAUGAGCAAAUUGACGUUCCACAACAACAAGACCAUGCAGGAUCGCCGUUGUGUGUGUGUGUUUCUCCCAAACGAUGAAACACUCAACGUCAUUGUCAGUGUGAAAACCUUAUGCCAGGAAUUGUUGGAGCAGGUGUGUGAUCUGCUACGACUGAAGGACUGUCACCUAUUUGGGCUCAGCGUUGUUCAGAAUAAUGAGCACAUCUAUAUGGAACUGGGACAAAAGCUAUCUAAAUACUGCCCAAAGGAGUGGAAACGAGAAGCCAGCAAGGGAAUUGAUCAGUUUGGGCCUCCGAUGAUUGUGCACUUCAGAGUUCAAUACUAUGUGGAGAAUGGCAGAAUUAUCAGUGAUCGUAUGGCAAGGUAUUAUUAUUACUGGCACUUGAGGAAGCAAGUGCUGCAGUCCCAAUGUGUCCAGCGGGAGGAGGCCUAUUUCUUGCUAGCUGCUUUUGCUCUUCAGGCUGACCUGGGAAACUACAAACGGAACAAACACUUUAGCUCCUACUUCCAGCCUGAGUCCUACUUUCCUUCCUGGGUGAUCACUAAGAGGGGGAGAGACUACAUUCUGCGGCAUAUUCCCAACAUGCAUAAGGAACAGUUUGCUCUCACCGCAUCAGAGGCUCAGUUGAGAUACAUAAAACAAGCAGCACUCCUAGAUGACGUCACUGUCCACUACUACCGCCUCUAUAAGGAUAAGAAAGAAGUGGAGGCAUCUUUAACACUGGGGCUUACGCUGCGUGGUAUCCAGAUCUUUCAGAAUGUUGGCAGUGUUCGGCAGCUUCUGUAUGAUUUCCCCUGGACCAAUGUGGGCAAACUUGUAUUUGUGGGGAAGAGGUUUGAGAUCUUGCCCGACGGCUUGCCCUCUGCCAGAAAGCUAACUUAUUACACUGGCUGUCCGCUGCGUUCCCGCCAUCUCCUACAAUUGCUUAGCAACAGCCACCGCCUUUACAUGAACCUUCAGCCUGUGCUUAAGCAAGUCCGACGCCUGGAGGAGAACGAAGAGAAGAAGCAGUAUCGGGAGUCAUAUAUAAGUGAUGCACUGGAGUUGGACAUGGAGCAGCUGGAGCAGCGAUCUCGUGCUAGCGGCAGCAGCAUGGGCAGUGUUUCACGCCAAAAACGUUUCUCUCGUCACUCCACAACCAGCCACAGCAGCUCGCACACGUCAGGCAUUGAAACUGACAGCUUCCGUACACCAGCACACACACCGCACCGGCCACUCCGCUCACACUCCUCCUCCAACACCAGCCAUGCCAGCACACACACCUCCGGCAUUGAGAGCAGCGGCAAGGAGAGAGGCCUGGAUGAUGAUGAGAUUGAGAUGUUGGUCGAUGACCCUAAAGACUAUGAAGAACUCACUGAUUUAGCAUUGGAGCUCAGUCAAGACCUCUGCAUUCACAUCACUGAGGACAUGCUAACAUCGGCACAAAGCAAUGGCUAUUCGGGCUUAGUUGUGAAGGAAGUAAGCUCAUCAACAUCGAGUUCUUCUGAGACCGUGGUGAAGAUGAAAGGCCAAAGCAUUGAAUCACUCCCUCAGAUGGUGUCUGGCAGGAAGUCUCAGAACUCCACAGACCGGCACAGCCAAUCACUGGAUGAUGUCCGUCUGUACCAGAGGAAUUCCCCAGAGUGGGUGGAGCCAUGUCAGGACUCCGCCCACAGUUACACAUUUGGUUGUGUGGAGGAGCUUAGCAAUGGUUACCAGGGAGUUGCGGAACAGCGGGCUGGUAUCUGUGAUGACCAACACCCUUUUCCCAUCAAAAGAACCAACAAGUACUUCUCCCUGGACCUGACCGCAGAGGAGGUGCCUGAGUUUGUGGUGUGAAGUGGGGAGGAUAAUCAAAAGAAAGAAAAAAAGUUUAAAGACAUGACUGAGGACAUUUAUUGUUGUGUGUGCAUGGAUGCAUGUGUGCGUGUGUGUGUUCAUGCGUGCAUGUGUGUGUGCAUGCUUGUGUAUAUGAGAAAGAGAGUGUAAGGAUCAUAAUGUAAAGAAGCUGCUGAACUUCGGGCGAGAAAGGGAAACUGCAUCAGUCUGUCUCAGCUGCUUUAGCAAAACAUAAACUCCUCUACUUGUGUGUGUGUGUGUGUGUGUGUGUGUGUAGAAGUUUCAUUUCAUGUUCAUUGUGUUGGGCUUUUCUAGGACGCACAUUUUGUUUCUACUCUAUGACACUAGAAGCACAGUACAAAUCUGUGAGUGUAUUAGUGUCUUUCUGUGAGUGCUUAUGUGUUUUUGAUCAUGCUAUAUGAGCUAUUAACCAAAGAUGAGCAGUCCUCAGUGUUCAAUAAGCAACUGAACAUACAAGCCAUAUCAUAAUACAUAAUGGGCAGAAAUGGUACUAGUAUGUAUUUACAUUACCAGGCAACGUUUAGACACACUAGAUGCAUAUUUUUCAUUGUCUUAAAAAUAAUAUGAAUAAUGCUUAUGGUCAAAUCUGGUUUCUAAGACAAAUGUAAAUAGUGAAGUUAAUGCCCUUGUAUGAUUCUAUUUGUGAAUCAGAAUAUAUAUAUUUUAGUAAGUAUUUUUUUUGUUUGUUUCUUUGGGGUAAAUCCUUUCCCCAAACAAGUAGUUUUCAUUUAGAAUAUUGAAAAAGCAACCAACAAGUGCUUGGCUUAUCUGGGAACGUUAUACCUCCUGGGUGAAGCUUAUACAUGAUUAAACUGGUUGAGAAGAUGCCAAGAGUGUGCAAAACAUUAUCAGGAAUACUGUUACAUUUUUUUUUUAUAGUUUUGAUUUGUUUCCUGGCCAUUGCAUAAUUCCAUAGGUGUUAUUAGAUAAUCAUAACAUAGUUUUUUAUUGUAAAAUAUAACAUGAAGAAAAGGUGUGUUCAAACUGUUGACAGGUGUGUGUGUGUGUGUGUGUGUGUGUGUGUGAUGUGUCUGUAAUGUAUGCAUUGUGGUGCUGGCUGCUCUAAUUGAACCAGCUGUGCCUUUGUUACACUAUGCAAGUUUGAGACCCUGUUACAGGGAGUAUCCCAAGUCUCUCAUCUGUGCACCGAGUACCCCUAUGCCAAGGAAGCAAGCAGAAAUGGUUACUGCUCUAAUGUUCAACCAAACCAAGUUGUGGUGUGUUGCACAGAUGCAAUCAUAAUUUUGUCUUCUUUAAUCCUCUCCAAAAUAACCAAACCACAGGUUUCUUGUGUUUUUAUACCUGAAAGGGCAGAAUAUUGAUGUUAUACAUAUAGAAUAAUAAACUGGUGGAGUCCUCCAACAACAAACAUGGCACACCAUAGAUUGGUGUUUACACCGACCAAAGCUGUAAAGUGGAAAAGUAUGGGGAUGGAAAAAUGGCCAGAGCUGGAGUUCUAUGAACAGUGGUGUUAGAGUGGGACGGAUCAUUAAAAAAAGCCAAAUUGGGGUUUUCCAAGACGUUGCAGCCCAUGUAUAAACCCACCAUCCAGACCGCUCCUGCUAAUCUAUAUUUACCAUAAGACCAUAUGCUUUAUGUUUUCUUUUUUGCUAAGUGUUGGUGAUGUGUCUUGAAUUAUUUUUGCAAACUGGAACUUUUUAUUUUCUAAGUAUUUUGUUAAACUGUUGUUGUCAUAAAAGUGGGAGCCAUGUCUUUUUGUUACGUUUUUGUUUGCAACGUGUGUCAGUAUUACUCUUGAAUGGAGGUCAGUAUUAGAAAUCCCUGUUCUCCCACUUUAACCAGUGUGCUUGUGUGUAUGUGUUUAUUCUUAGUAUGAAAUUAUUCAGUAACCUAUAAUCAAUAACAUAUCAAUAACUAAUGAAGAUUUUUAUAUGCUUCAGGUGAACUUGUGAGAUAUCAAAUGUCAAUGUCAAAGUUAAAGCUGCAUUGUGCUCCAUCCUGUGUGCUCAGAAAAAAAAAAUAAUAACCUGGAUUUCUUUCACAGUUUCUCUUUUCUGGGUCAUCAGCAGCACUUUUAAAUUGUCUCAUGCAUGUGGGUAGCUAUUCCGGUCCAUGUGCAGUCCUUUCCAUCAUAUUGCACCAUGGUCAUUUCCUUCAGACUUGCAAUCGCAUUAAUAUUUCACAUUACUAAAGAUUAAAUUUACAUGUCUCCCUCUUUGUAUUUUUGACAACUAACAGUUGUUAACACAGCAAUCAAUAUUGUAAAUGUUUUGAUAAUAUAUAUGGUCAUAUUAUUUAGUUAUUAAAACUGCAGUUUGACAGCUAUAUGAAAUGGAACAAAAACAUCUCAAACUAAUUAGUGAUUUUAGAAGCAAACAUCAUUGGACUGAAACAGGCCUACCAAUAAUGUCCACCUUUAUUCCAAACCCUUUUAAUUUGACUGUCUGCAGUUAUUAAAGUCCUUUCUAUGAAAGGAAAUGCCCUAAAAAUGUUAUUUUUCACCUUCUUUUUGUAAACCCUGUUAACUGAUGCUUAUGUUCCCGUAAUGAAGUGUGGUGCGUGUCUUGCAGGUACUGAUGUCCUCUCAUGUACGCAAUAAAAGGUACCUUUGCAAGAAAUCUGUAGUCUUUUGUGGUUUUGGUAUUUCUUGUGGUUUAGUUAUAUUGUCAUGUUUGUCAAUUAAUUAAUUUCAUCCUGACCUCAAAUAAAUGUCGUCUUGCAGUAACUUUAGAACU